AUGAAGUUUGCUUUGAUCGCAUUGGCAGCUGCAGCAAGUGCUGUGCCACUGAACAGACGCCAAGACAGUCAUGUCACUACGUCUAAUCUUGAUAAGCUGAGAGACGAGAACAAUUCACUUCCGGAAAGUGGAGUAUACAGAUUAGAUAUUGUGCCAGGCAGGAAGGAGGGAGAAUCUAGUAUUGAGCUGGUCCCCGAUGAGAACGGUAGUAUUAUAUUUCAAAACAACGAGUCAGAAGGCAUGUCCAAGCAUGGCAAUGGUACUGCAGUUGUAGAUUCCCACAAAGAGGAGGAAGAAGACCAAGACCAAGACUGA